GUUCCCGACGAUGAGUCACUGAACAUGCCCAGACCCCAGACAACACACACGAAGAGGAAUGUUUCUCCCCCCGAACCUACCAGCAUGGACUCUUUGGUACUUUAGGAAAUCAUAUACCCAUUUUUGCUUUUACUCACAGAUUUUGUUUUUCAAACCGUUCUACACAAAAGAAUGUACCUCAAAUAUCCUAUCUCCCGGCUAUAGAAUCGUGACUCCCCAGUGUGCAAGCUCCAAAAUAGGAAAACCCUCCAUUGCUCUCCAGUGUCAGACAACACACCAAACAUUUCAAAAUGGCUGCUCUCAUCACAGAGAACUUCAAGUUUGUCUCGCUCUUCUUCAAGAGCAAGGACGUAAUGAUCUUCAAUGGCCUGAUAGCCCUGGGCACGGUGGCCAGUCAGACCAUGUACAACAUAUUUGCCUUCGACUGCCCGUGCUCCUCCGGGCGGAACUAUCUCUAUGGCCUGGCAGCCAUCGGGGUGCCCGCCCUGGCAUUCUACCUCGUUGGCAUCAUGCUGAAUAAGAGUACCUGGGAUCUGGUGUCUGAGUGCCGCCUCAGGAGGUGCCGGAAACUAUCGGGGGCGGCUGCCUUCGCCGUCCUGGGCACUAUCAUUGGCAGAGCGGCCGUGGCUCCAGUGACGUGGGCUGUCAUCUCACUGCUACGUGGGGAGGCCUAUGUCUGUGCCCUCAGUGAGUUUGUGGACCCUUCAACCUUGGAAGGUUUUCCCUCUGGACAGGGGUUAGAGGUCAUGGCCAGGUUUCCCUGUAAGUCCACGGUCCCACAGGAGAUGCAGGGCUUUUGGGCGGAGAUUGAACGCCGGCUGAAGUACGAGUCUCAGCUGCUAGGGUGGCUGAUGGUGGCGGGGAUGGCAGUGGUUCUGUUCCUCCUGCUGUGUAUGAAGCGCUGCUGCUCUCCCCUGGGCUACCAACAGGAGGCGUACUGGUCCCAGUUCCGCUCCAACGAGCACGACCUCUUCCAGCGCACGGCCGACGUGCACUCCCGUAUCCUGGCUGUUGAGAGUGUUAAGAGCUACUUUGGCUUCGUGGCCCUGGAGAAAGAGGAGAAACAGCAGCUGGAGGAGCACCAGAAUGCCAGCCCCAUCUCUAGUACAGAGUGGAACCGGAUCACUGGGAUCUGCUUGUACAGAGAGAAAAAGGGAUUGCCCCUCUAUAGCCGCCUCAACAAGUGGGCCCAGUACAGUGUGGAGAACAACAUAGACGCCAUGGAGAAAGAGAUGGACACUCUGAGCUGACUGGCACUGGACACCCCAGUGUUCUUCAGCCAUGAUCCUGGGAACCCACUGGGAGUGCAGGCUUUUGUUCCAGCCCAGCACUGACACAUUCAACUAAUUAACUUAAUAGUCAAGUCCUUGAUUAGUUGAAAGAAUCAGGUGUGUAAGCACAGGGCUGGAGCAAAAGCAUGUCCACCUGAUGUGUCCCCAGGACCAGGGUUGAAGAACACUGACCUAGGUAGAUUAGUCUUUUACUUGUAUUAUCCCACAUUUGUAUUUAUUACACCCUUCGGCUAGUGAUGGCACCUGAUAUCUAUUGGAAGUAAAUUGGAAUGGACUCAAAUAUGGAUUGAACUAAUGUUCCCAACGUUACACUGUCAUUGUUCCCCAUUUACUUCUGCUCUCUUCCAGUUUUCACAUGGUUGUAAUGGUUGAUAAAGGACGAUAGUCCAAAGUAUUUUUUCGGA